AUGAAUGGUGAAAUAGGUGCUGAUAGUAAUAAAAUGGUUCGUGAUGAUAUGAUGAAAUCAAUAGAAGAAUUUCAAAAAUUAAAUCUUCCAUCAUUUGAUAAUAUGCCAAAUGUAUUUACACAUAAUGAUCUUGGUGUUCAAAAUUUAAUUGUAUCUGAUGAUAAUAAAAAGAAAGGUAUUAUUGAUUGGGAAUGGGCUGGUUCAUAUCCAAUUUGUGAAGAAUAUUUUCGUUCAUAUAAACCAAUUAUUUAUGAUGAUUAUUUAAAAAAUUAUCUUUAG